CGUCUCGCCACAGAUCAGCUCAGAGCCUCGCGGAAUACGGUCAUACCUCCCGCUUGCUCGCUACUCUCCAGAGCUUCAUCAACCACAGUAUCUCGUUUUGGGAUUUUUGAGUGUGUUUGUGUGACAGAAAAGAAAACAACACGCUUCGAAACAAGACAUCGUUGAAGGAGAUUUUCGCUUUGUUUCAUCCAAGCAGCGACAGUUACCGCGGCUUCACAUCUCAAGCUACUGUACCGGCCUAAUCCUCUUUUAGCCCAAAAAGGAUCUUGGAUAAAAGGGUUACCGCAGAAGACAAACAGUACUCUAAAGUGAACUUGAAUUGUGAAAAACACCUGUGAGUGUAGAGAUUUAAACGGAAAAACUCUUGGAAACCGGACCUUGCCUCCCACGACCUAGCAUCGAUCGGCCCCCGUUUACAUUUUUUGUACUUCGGCCUCCCCCUGACCCCACCGAGUUCGUCCGGUCCGACCCCACCGACCUCGCGCGACGUCGGGUCACUGAGGAAGUCCCUCCAGAACCUAAUCAAGUGUUCAAAGCGGAACCGGUGACUUCAGGAGCACCAUGAUUGCCACUGACAUCAGAAGGGAGUCCCUUAAGGCCACAAAGAGUGUCUUGGGCUCUCUGAACUCGGCCAUUGCUGACUCCAUCGCGCACGGCAAACGAAGCGACAUGCGCCUCCGCCUGGGCUGGCUUCGGCGCCGCGGGGAGACCCAGUGCAGCGUCAGACCCCAGCCAGAAGAAGCACAGAGUUGGGCUGAGAGCUUCCAUAACCUCAUGGCUUCCAAGUACGGACAGGCACUGUUCAAGGCCUUCCUGCAGAGGGAAUUUAGCGAGGAGAACGUCGAAUUCUGGAUGGCCGUCGAAGAUUUCAAGAAGACCCGCAGCGCCAAGAUGUCUUCGAAAGCUUUCAAAAUUCACUCAGACUACGUCGCGGUCCAGGCGCCUAAGGAGAUCAACCUGGACCCGGCCACCCGCGCCCAGAUCGCCAAGAACCUCGAGUGCCCCGACAAGUACAUCUUCGACGCCGCGCAGAAGAGAGUGCAGGCGCUGAUGGAGUCGGACGCCUACAUCCGCUUCCUGCAGUCGGAGCUGUACAAGGAGCUGCUCCACCCGGAGUCCUCCUCGCCCUCCAACGCCGACACGUUAUAGGACCCCUGCUGCAUGUCGGUUGCGAGCUCGACCAUGCACUUGUAGCCCCAGCCCGUGCAAGCGGCUGGAGCUUUGGGACCAGCUGAGGCCACAGCGAUAACAGCGCUAGCAGCAAGAGUGCCACCUGGAGUGCCACUUGGAGUGCCACAGCGACGGCGAGGCCCCUGCGAGGAGUGUCAGUGCCGCCUCUCUCUCGCCUGGCCACGGAAGGCCACGUUGUUCGUGUUGGUGGCCCCGCGCCCUCUGGCCAUCGCGGGAGCAAAGGCCGGCUGUUGCUCGGGCCGCUCGAGUCCUUCGUUGUUGCCCGUUUCGAGAGGCGGCGGCGGGGCGUCUGCGCUGCCGUCGGCCACAGGAAAGAUGGGGAUAUUUAUAUAUAUUUAUUAAAAGGUGAUAUAUAUAUAGACAUACGUUAUAUUUAAGGUAUAUUUGUAUUUAAGAAACUAUAUAAAACGGAGAAUCUUGAUUGCAAA